ACGUGCCGAUUGACACACACUUGCAUUUUCGCCAUAAACUGUUUCAUCUGAUACGGGUGUUUAUAGUUCAGUUUCUGCUCAUAUGGCGACACUCAUUUCCAGUCGAGCUGGGCUCUGCCUGUCCAGUGUCUUCAGAACCGCCAAACACGGACGAUUCUACGGCGCGUGUGUCUCCGAUAAAAUGUCAGUGAAUGGAGUGAAUGUGCACUAUCAGACAACUGGAGAAGGAAAUCACACUGUGCUGCUGCUGCCUGGAGCUUUAGGAUGUGCUCAGACUGAUUUUGCUCCUCAGUUGGAGAAGCUGGAUAAGCAGCGUUUCACGCUGGUGGCGUUUGACCCGCGGGGUUACGGGCGCUCACGUCCUCCAGACAGAGACUUUCCCCCUGAUUUCUUCCACAGAGACGCUAAAGAUGCAGUGGAUUUAAUGCAAGCUCUGGGUUUCAGGCGUUUUUCUCUGUUAGGCUGGAGUGACGGCGGCAUCACGGCUCUAAUUGCGGCCGCGUUAAACCCAGCGCUCGUUCAGAAGAUGGUGGUUUGGGGCUCCAACGCUUACGUCUCUCAAGAAGAUGUUCAGAUCUACCAGUCGAUCCGUGACGUGUCGUUAUGGAGCGAGCGAAUGCGCCGGCCGAUGGAGGAGGUGUACGGCGCUCAGUACUUUCGUGAGACGUGGGAGAAAUGGGUGGACGGGAUCAGCCGCUUCACACACAACCCGCAGGGUAGCAUAUGUAGGGAAGUGCUGCCGUUGAUCUCCUGUCCCACACUGAUCAUCCACGGGGCCAAAGAUCCCAUGGUGCCUUCAUUUCACCCAGAAUACCUGCUGCAGAACAUCAAGGGCUCGAGGCUGCACGUGAUGACGGAGGGGAAGCACAAUUUGCAUCUGCGAUAUUCCAGCGAGUUCAACACACUGGUGCAGGAGUUUCUGACCCAACCAUCAACAUCUUCAGCGCUCUGAUGUCCAGUUAUUAGAAUAAACAAAGACAUUACUCUGUUUGUUUCAACGAAAGAAAACCACUGACCGUUAUAACACGAUUUGAGCCAUUUAAUCACCUGUAUGCUUUCAUUUUAAAUGCAUGAUCUAUGGUUUUUAUAUAUAUAUAUAUAUAUAUAUGUAUAUGCACAAGCACAGUAAAAAAAAUAUUGAUAUAAACUACCAGCAAAAGUUUUUGAACAGUGAGAUUUUUAAUGUUUUUUAAUGAAGUCUCUUCUGCUCACCAAGCCUGCAUUUAUUUGAUGCAAAAUACAGCAAAAACAGUAAAAUGUUGAAAUAUUUUUAUUAUUUAGAAAAACUGAUUUCUAUUUGAAUAUAUUUAAAAUGUAAUUUAUUCCUGUGAUUUCAAAGCUGAAUUUUCAGCAUCAUUGCUCCAGUCUUCAUUGUCACAUGAUCCUUCAGAAAUCAUUCUAAUAUUCUGAUUUGCCGCUCAAAAAACAUUCAUUAGUAUUAUUAUUAUAUAAAAAACAAUUUUCUUGAUGAAAAGAAAGUUCAGAAGAACAGCAUUUAUCUGAAAUAGAAAUCUUUUGUAAUAUUAUAAAUGUCUUUAUCAUCAUUUUUUUAUCAAUUUAAAGCAUCCUUGCUAAGUGUUAAUUUCUAUAAUUUCUGAAGGAUUGUGUGACACUGAAAAAUGGAGUAAUGAUGCUGAAAAUUCAGCUUUGAAAUCACAGGAAUAAAUUACAUAUUAAAAUAUAUUCAAAUAGAAAGCAGUUAUUUUAAAUAGUAUUUUUUUUUUUUUUAAUUUACUGUUUUUGCUGUAUUUUGGAUCAAAUAAAUGCAGGCUGAAGAGCAGAUGAGCAGAAGAGACUUCUUUAAAAAACAUUAAAAAUCUUGCUGUGCAAAAAACUUUUGACUGGUAGUUUACAAAAUAUAUAAAUUGAUUAAAAAAAAUAAAAUAUUAAUAUAUGAUAUAGUUUCCAAAUGUAUUUUUACACACAUAAAAAUAAAAAAUAAACACACACACACACACACACACACACACACACAUAUAUAUAUAUAUAUAAUAAUGCAUAUGAAAAAUUAUGUAAAGUAUAUUAAUAUAUAGUUUCUAAAUGUGUUUAGACUAUUUUACCAUAACAGAUUACAUAAUUUACUUUGAUAGUAUUUUAUUUUAAUAUUACUAGAGUCAAAAUCCUUCUAAAAAGUUGACUUUUAUUUUGAAGUAUCUUGGUAGGCUAUAUGAAUUUGUUCAUUAUCACAAAUGAUGAUUGAGAGCAAGAUUCUGGUUUAAUUUUCAAACAUAAAUCAUGAUCAUAUUACUGCACAGUGUUUGUUAUAUAGCGUUCGAGUAAUAUGGACUACUUUUAUAAUA